GCAGGGGCCACCCCCGGGGGCGGGGGGAGGAGCGCCCUCAGCCCAGUGGGGAGAGGGGUCCCUGCCAAGGGUGGUCCCUUCACCCUGGCCUUAGCUUGGUCGACCCCAGGCAGGCGGGCAGGCACUGCCCCCAAGGGUACCUGGCACCAGCAAAGAAAGCCAGAGCUCAGGUCCCCUUGGCCCUUCCCCCUGGGAGAUCCAGCCCUGGGAUUUGCAAACUGUGCCACGUGGAGGCGAGACCCCCGUAGAAAUGUCUGCCACCCCCUGCUUUAUCUGUUUGAUGGAUUGGGUGGGCCACAAAAGGGUUCACAGCUUGAAUCCACGAGAAUCACACCUGGUGCCAUCGUACAGACUGGCAAGCAGAGGCCCAGAGAGGGGCGGGGACAUCUCCCAGGUCACACGGAAAGUCAGUGGCAGAGCUCAGGCAGGUCUCCUGCCGCCCGGCCUCCAGCGCCUUCCAGACCAACUGCAGGGAGAAAGGAGCCAGCCUCAAGGGCAGGGCAGGGAAACAUGCUCCUUUGCCUGUCCCCUGCUUGGCUGACGAAGGUGCCAGCACCUGGGCAUCCGGGCGAGGCCUCCCUGCUGGUCUCCAAGGCCGUGAGCUUCCACCCCGGGGGCCUGACGUUCCUGGAUGACUUUGUCCCCCCACGCCGUGCCACCUACUUCCUGGCAGGCCUGGGGCCGGGGCCUGGCUGGGGUCGGGAGGCAGCUGAGCUGGCCCGCGAUCUGGCUUGCCCUACGGGGGCUUCGGCCGAGCUGGCCCGGCUGCUGGAGGACCGGUUGCUGACGAGGCGGCUGCUGGCCCAGCAGGGUGGUGUGGCUGUGCCAGCCACCCUGGCUUUCACCUACAAGCCACCGGCGCUGCUACGGGGAGAGGAGGCCAGCCCAGGACUGCGGCUGGUGGAGCUGAGUGGCAAAGAGGGCCAGGAGGCACUGGUGACGGACGAAGUAGGGGCCUUUCUGCGCUCCGAGGGCCUGGGGGAUGCCCUGCAGGUGGCUGUGAAGCUCAGCGGGUGGCGCUGGCGGGGGCGGCAGAUGUGGCGCCUGCAUCCACGGGCAGAGGUGGGUGCAGUGGUGGACACGGCACUGGCGCUGCUGGAGAAGCUGGAGGAGGAGGAGAGCGUGCUGGUGGAGGUGGUGUGUCCACCUGCACGGCCACCCUUCCCAGGUAGUCCCCCGCCCGGCCCGGAGCUGGCUGUGCGGAUCUGUGCCGUGGUGUGUCGCACACAGGGUGACCGGCCUCUGCUAAGCAAGGUGGUGUGCGGCGUGGGCCGCGGGGACCGGCCGCUGCGGCACCAGAGCUGCCUGCCGCGGACGCUGGAGGUGGCGCUGGCCGAGUGCGGCCUGGGCGAGGCGGCGCAGGUGGCGGACGUGCGGCGGCGCGUCAAGGCGGCGGCCGAGGCCGCGCUGGCCGCCGUGCUGGCCCUGGAGGCCGGCCUGAGCGCCGAGCAGCGCGGCGGGCGCGGGGUGCGCACCGACUUCCUGGGCGUGGACUUCGCGCUGACGCUGGCCGGCCGCGCGCUGACCCCCGUGGCCCUGGAGCUGAACGGCGGCCUGUGCCUGGAGGCGUGCGGCGCGCUCGAGGGGCUGUGGGCCGCGCCGCGCCCGGGGCCCGCGGCCGAGGAGGCGCCGGCGGCCGCGCCGCUGGUGGAGACCAUGCUCCGGCGCUCGGCGCGCUGCCUCAUGGAGGGCAAGCAGCUGCUGCUGGUCGGCGCGGGCGGCGUCAGCAAGAAGUUCGUGUGGGAGGCGGCACGCGACUACGGGCUCAAGCUGCAUCUGGUGGAGUCGGACCCCAACCACUUUGCAUCCCAGCUGGUGCAGACCUUCAUCCACUUUGACAUGACGGAUCACAAGCGGGAUGAGGAGAACGCGAAGCUGCUGGCAGAGCUGGUGCGGGCACGUGGCCUGCAGCUGGAUGGCUGCUUCUCCUACUGGGAUGACUGCCUGGUGCUCACGGCCCUGCUCUGCCAAGAACUGGGUCUGCCCUGCAGCCCCCCAGCCGCCAUGAGCCUGGCCAAGCAGAAGAGCCUCACCCAGCUGCACCUGCUGCGCUGCCACGGCCCACCCUGGCCGGCGCCCUCCCUCCACGCUGUGCCCUGCUGCCCACUGAAGAGCGAGGCUGACGUGGAGCAGGCUGUCCACCAGGUGCCCCUGCCGGGCGUCAUGAAGCUGGAGUUCGGGGCAGGUGCGGUGGGCGUGCGCCUGGUGGAGGACGCGUCCCAGUGCCACGAGCACUUUUCCCGGAUCGCCCGCGACCUGCAGGGCGAGGCCGACCACCCGGGCAUUGGGUUGGGCUGGGGCAAUGCCAUGCUGCUGAUGGAGUUCGUGGAGGGCACCGAGCAUGACGUGGACCUGGUGGUGUUCGGUGGACGGCUGCUGGCCGCCUUCGUCUCCGACAAUGGCCCCACACGGUUGCCCGGCUUCACCGAGACGGCGGCCUGCAUGCCCACUGGGCUGGCGGCCGAGCAGGAGGCGCAGCUGGUGCAGGCGGCCUUCCGCUGCUGCCUGGGGUGCGGCCUGCUCGAUGGUGUCUUCAACGUGGAGCUCAAGCUGACCGGGCUGGGGCCACGGCUCAUCGAGAUCAACCCCCGCAUGGGCGGCUUCUAUCUGCGCGACUGGAUCCUGGAGCUCUACGGUGUGGACCUGCUGCUGGCCACUGCCAUGGUGGCCUGCAGCCUGCGGCCCGCCCUGCCCGCCCACCCGCGUGCCCGUGGCCACCUGGUGGGCGUCAUGUGCCUGGUGUCCCAGCACCUGCAGGCGCUGAGUUCCACCGCCAGCCGCGAGACCCUGCAGGCCCUGCACGACCGGGGCGUGCUGCGCCUCAACCUGCUGGAGGAGGCCCUGGUGCCCGGCGAGUACGAGGAGCCCUACUGCAGCGUGGCCUGUGCCGGGUCCAGCCCCGCCGAGGCCCGCCUGCGCCUGCUGGGCCUCUGCCAGGGCCUGGGCAUCGACGGGCCCCACUACCCCGUCGCCCAUUUCCUGUCUCACUUCAAAUAGCGCUGGGGCUGGGGGCCGGGGGCAGGGAGCUGGGGGAGGAGGGCUCUGGUGCCCUCUGCUCCCCAGUGCUCUCCCUGCCUCUCUCCCCGUCACCCUGCCCCACCCUGGCUUGGCUCCAGAGCAGCAGGGCCUUUUCGACGCCAAAGCCUCCAGGGCCCAAGGGCCACAGAUGAAAGUAUCUGGGGGGUCUGCUGGGUCCUGUUGCCCUCCCAAAGGCUCCAAUCCAGCCCACAGCUGCCCCAGGACUCCCACCUUGCAGAAGCAGCAAGAGCUUUCCAUCCCUGUCCCCUUCCCCCCGUCCCUCCUCCCCACACCCCUCCAGGUCUGUCUCUCUUUCUGCCACUACGGGAGGAGAGAACCUGGCUGGGCCUCUGGCCUUGGACACAUCCCAAGGAAACCUGAGACUAAACCUUCCCUGUCCUCUUAUCCCUGCCCAUCAUUUAACAGAUUCCCCCUGCCUUAUUUGCCCUGAGUAGUCGAAGCAGGUGGGCCAGGGGCAGAAGGCCUCUCCCAUCACACCUCUGGGCAGCAACUACUGUUUCCCCUGACAGAUAAGGAAGAAUGAGACAUGUGCACACUCCUCUCCCAGACACCUUCCCUGCUGAGCUUCCAAGCUUUGGCCUAACUGGCAUUGGAGAAGCAGCAGCUGGCAGGGGAGAGUACACUCCCUUCCGAAGCCAGGGGAGGCUGCUUUAAGAUCUGCCUCUGCACGGCACAGGAGCUGUGGACAGCUCCACAAGCUUCCCUCCCCAAAUAAAGGCAAUGGACUAGAGAA